AUGAUGGCGGUUUCGUUCAACGCACUGUCCCUCGCUAUUAUCCUGCUGUUCUCCUUGGUGUCGGCGACGAAUCCCAAAACGACAACGAUAACUCAGACGCAGACGCAGACCAGCACUAUCACGACAUGUCCGGCUCCUGAGUACCCCGUGACAGAAACUGUCACUGUUAGCUUAACUUGCCCCACCCCGGAAACUGUUACCGCCACGACCACAGAAACUGGCUAUGGCGAAGUUACAGUUACGGAAACUUGCUAUAUUACUGUUACUGAGACUCCAGAUGUAUCUACAAUCACGGAGACCGGUGCUGUUACUAUUGUCACGGAAACUCUGACUGGCGAUGUCACAACUAUUACCGGCGACGGCGUGACAGUCACGGAAACUCUGACUGGCGAUGUCACGACCAUUACCGGCGACGGCGUGACGGUCACGGAAACUCUCACAGGAGACGUAACUACGAUUACUGAAGCCGGCCCGUCGCCAGUGACCUUGACACAAACAUUAACUGCGUCGACGGUAACGGUUACUGAGGGAGGAUACCCGGUAACAACGACAGUUACACACACUUCAGUAUCUAUCUCGACAAAGUGGAAGGUUAAGUGGAAGACAACGACGUCGACAAAGACACAGACGGCGACAGAAACUCUGACGAAUACCGCCACUGAGACUCAGACAAAUACUGAGACUCAGACGAAUACAGAGACCCAGACGGAUACAGAGACUCAAACCCAGACGGAUACUCUCACUCAGACGGAUACUCUCACUCAGACGGAUACUCUCACUCAGACGGAUAUUCUGACGAAUACGCUGACCGACACACUGACUGACACUUUGACGAACACUCUGACCGACACUCUGACUAAUACACAGACUGAUACUGCCACCGAGACUCAAGUCGAAACCCAAGUCGAAACCCAGGUCGAAACCCUGGUCGAGACUCUGACUGAAGAGGUUUUGAUAACAGAGACCCGUACAAGCCUUAUCACGGAAACGACCGAAGUCCCCAGUCCUUAUCCAGUGACAGAAACAAUCCUCAGGACAGAUGUUAUCACUUCGACGGUUGUGUCUUCGUUUACUACCAUUGUCCCGACGACAAUUAUCUCUUCGUUCACUACAACUCUCGAUGCAGAAACAAUCGUAGUCACGACGACGUUGACCAGCUUCGUCCCAGUUCUAACUACUACGACUAUUCCGAUCACCCGUACGACUACUCGGCUCGUCACUGUUCGGACGACUUCAGUUCGGACUGUGUUGGUCACAACUGUCCGCACCUUGCCGCCAAUCAUUCGAACCGAGACCCACACGCUGCCGGGCAAUACCAUCAUUCGCACGCUGCCAGGCAAUACAAUUGUCCGUCCGCCAACGACACGCACCGUCACUGCCACGGUUGUUCAGACUGUGACAAACACUAUCUAUACCAGGAUAUGCGAGGCGAGGUACCCGGCAAAGGGAGACAUUAACGCCUACGACUUCCCACGCAAUUAUACUUGGGGCUGUCCGCCAGGAUAUGUUUGCGCACCCAAGGUCCAGCAAAGACCCGGUCGUGGUGCAUGUCCGAAUGAGCCUCCACCGAUCGAUAUCUAUGCAUGCCGACCGGACGAGUGUGUCAAAGCCCCUCCUCUCGCCGACCCUCAGAAGCACUGCUGGCGGCCUGCUGGAUGCUCGUACAAGCUCUGCACUUACAAAUACAAUAAUUAUCCGUACUAUAAUUUGGAUCCUAGGAGAUGGGCUCUUAACUUUUCGUCCGACGGAUAUACCCUCAUUGAUAAUGACCCUACGGGCUACAGGUACUAUAAACGGCAAGCCCAGGCUUUAUUGGCACAGGCAUCGACCGAUCUAGCCGUUCCCGUCCAACCCUGUUACGAUGAAUGUAACAACGCUAUGUUAGAGGCCCAACGGACUGGUAAAGUUCCAGCUAUUUGCGAACUUGACUCGGCGUUUAACUUCAAGCUUCAGCAAUGUAGCACUUGCAUGUCGAGGCUUGAUAUUACAAACACGCAGUUUCCUCAGCUCGUUUAUCCCGACGUUGCACAAUGGGUCUCUUAUUGCGAGGGGCUCCUGCCAGCGCCGCUUAUGCAGACUACUCCGGUGAGGAAAGGGGAAGAUAGCACGCAGACCACAUCGUCUGCCGAUAGCGUCAUCUCGAAAGAAACCGAGACCGUCACUCUGACACCUGAACCUACGACGGUUACGGCCACUGCGGAACCCGUGACUACCUCUGGUGACGAUACCAGCGAGCCUCCAAGCACCACCGCUCCUGAGCCAACGACCACCCCAGAACCGACAACCACCCCAGAACCGACAACCACCCCAGAACCGACAACCACCCCAGAACCAACAACAACUCCGGAACCAACGACCACCCCUGAGCCAACCACUAAUCCGGAGACAACUACAGCUGAACCCACCACUAGUGAAGAAGAUUCCACCACGCCUGCCCCUACGACAGAACCAACUGGAGAGACAACAACAUCUAGCACUGACUCCCCAGCGACAACGACAACAGACGAUUCCAACCCCACAACAACGGAAUCUAGUUCAGGCGAACCGACAGGAACAGAUACUGCGACAAGUGACACGGCCAACCCAACGUCUACAGAAACCGACGAGCCGACAGGUACAUCUUCAACUGCUGGUGAGACUUCAACUGGCGGGGGCAACGGUGGGGAUGACACCACUACCACUUCUUCUCCACCCUCCACCUUGACUUCUACGAGCUCUUCUACGUCUUCAUCAAUCUGGAUUCCAAGCAUCUCUGGGGUCACCCGGCCAGACUUCACUGGCUCUCCAACCAUCACUGGGCCCCCAGCUGCCACAGGAAGCGCCAGCACCAUGAGCCCACCAUUCAUGACAGUCAUCAUGCUUGUUCUCGGGUCUUUGCUCAUGAUGUUUUUGUAG